UCAGUCAUUAAUUUAAGCUAAAAAUAGACAAAAUAUGUCGACCUGUAUGCUCUUCGCAAUGAAGUUGGUCAAUGUCAGCAGUCUUUUUAGUUCAUGUGAGAAGUUUCGUAUAAAUCAGUGAAUCGUGCAUAUCUUGACAGUAGUGUAUUUGUAUUUUGUUUUGUCUAACCUAUAAUCAUAAAAAACCUAUCUUUGAAGUAUAUAUUCUAAAAAUAAAUUCUAUUAUAAGACUAUUGUAUUAAGACAAAUGUCAAUAUUUUGCAGCUAAACGACAAUAAUAGACACCAACAUAAAUACUGCAAUAAGCAAUAUAUGCAAUAAAGUUGAUUGUAGCGGUGGGCUAAUUUUAGUUUCCACGCGCAAGAGGAACGUAUAAGACACACACUUUGGUGUAUUGUGUCUAGUCUUGAGUGUUUUUUUGUAUUCCGCGCAUCUUUUUCUAGUGUAAUGCUAAAGUAAUAAUUGGUGAAUAUGAAAGUGCAAAUCGGAUUGGUGCUAUUGUUGUUUUUGUCAACAGCAAAUUCAUUGAAAAUUCUUGGAAUGUUUCCAAUUCCGAUAUUGAGUCAUUUUAAGUUUUUUCACUCAAUUUUGCGUGAACUCGCUGAUGCUGGCCAUGACGUUACAGUUGUGAGUCAUUUCCCAGAUAACGAUGCACCGGUGAAUUACAAAGAUUUAUUGCUGCCAAAAUCGGAUUUGGCUUUGAACUCGGUUGAUUUGGAGGUGUUUAAAAAUGCGCCAUGGAGUACAUAUAUUGUUACAUUUUGGAGAUUACAGCAAAAUGGAUUCAAAGAAUGUGAUCUUAUUUUCAGUUCCCCUGUUCUGCAAACAAUUUUGAAAUCGAACCAAAAAUUCGACGUCAUUUUAUUGGAACAAUUCAAUAAUGAUUGCCUUAUGGCCGUUGCAUGGAAAUUAAAAACGCCUGUCAUUGCUUUAAGCAGUUGUUUGUUAUUGCCAUGGCAUUACGAUCGUAUCGGUAACCCAUUAUUUCCAUCCUAUAUUCCGAAUGUGCUAGUUGGAUACUCGAAUAAAAUGAAUUUUUUUCAACGUUUCAACAACUGGAUAGGCGUCAAUGUGUUAAAUCUAAUGUAUCAAUACAUCACAGUACCGGAGACUGAUAAAAUUAUUCAAAAAUAUAUGAAAAAUGAUAAUGUUCCAUCGGUCAGUGAGCUCGUCAAAGAAACAAGUUUGAUGUUUGUAAAUACCCAUUACUCGAUCAGUGGAUCAAGACCAAUGACUCCAAUGAUGAUUGAAUUGGGUGGCAUUCAUAUCAAAGAAAAAAAGCCUCUCGAUCCAGAACUGAAAGCAUUAUUGGACUCGGCCAAGAACGGCGUGAUCUAUGUGAGUUGGGGUUCUAUGAUUCGUGGCUCAUCCUUACCAGACGACAAACGAAAAAUACUUCUCAAUACAUUCGCUUCUUUGAAACAGAAAGUUUUGUGGAAAUUUGAAAAUGACACACUUCAAGAUCAACCAAAAAAUGUAUUCAUUCGGAAAUGGUUACCACAAAGGGACAUUUUAUGUCAUCCAAAUGUGCGUGCAUUCAUAAGUCAUGGCGGGCUAUUGGGAAUUAGCGAAGCGGUUUAUUGUGGCAUUCCUAUUAUAGUGACACCAUUUUUUGGUGACCAAUUUCAAAAUGCAGCCACAGUAGAGGCACGUGGCAUCGGUUAUAUUGUUCGCUAUAGAGAUAUGACAGAAGAAACUAUCAAAAUAGCAAUUACCAAUGCAUUGUCACCGGAGGCGUUGCAAAGGGCAAAAACAGUAUCUUAUUCAUUUCGAAAUCGACCGAUGAAACCGGCUGAAGCGGCUGUUUGGUGGGUAGAAUAUGUAUCGGCAACACGAGGAGCUCCCUUACUAAAAUCACAUGCAAACAAUUUAUCAGUAUUCACGUACUACUCUUUUGAUAUUUACAUUACGAUAGCGACUGGGCUGAUUGUCAUCAUUGCAUUAUGUAUUUUUAUCAUUCGAAUGUGUUUCGGAAGAAGAAAUAAAUCAAAAACCGAUUAAGAUUCAAUAUCGAAAUUUAUAUCAAGAUUUUCUCAAAAGGAAAAUUAAAUAAAAUUCAAUCUAUAUUUGUGAAUCUUUUUAUGAAUUUUGCACUUUGAAAGAAAUGAAAAUUGGCUUUGCUUAUAGACAAAAUGGCAAGUCAUUGAAUAAUUUUCUUGCAUCGAGCUCUGAUUUAAGCAAAGUUGAACUGGAAUUUGUAAUAGUAGUAAAGCAAUUUUCAUAUAAAUCCACCAUCGCCACUUAUGACAUAGACUGAAUACUACACGGUUAAUUUUGAAAUUGAGAAGGAAAAGAAUCAGCUCUGAAAAUUGUUAACUGACGCCUCUUGUAUUAGUCAAAUAAGAAAAACUUCCUACCAAGUCGAAUUUUCCACAUUAGAAUGGACUAUCCGAAAGUCUAACCUAUUACUAGGCCAAACUAAUUCAAAUAAAAACAAAAUGUAUUUUUAGAAACUGUAAUACUUCAUUUAUUUCAAUGAAACAUGAAUAAAGAAAAAAAUUCAAUAAUGGGA